CUGACCUCUUUCCCCCAUGUCGUUCUUCAAGCGCAAGGAUAAGAAUCUGAUCCCUCCCGUGCAGUCUGACUCCCCGACCGGCACGUCCCGUAGCACCUCUCCUGGGCCACCAAGCUAUCGCUCAACGGCUAGUACUUACAACAGGAGUAGAGACGGUCCUGACCUAUACAAUGUCCCCAACCCGAAGACACCUUCCUACAGCUCUCCUGUUAGCCCCGAUAGUGGGGAUCCACACUAUGGUUCUAGCUCCGCUCCCAAACCGGAUUCCAAUCGCAACGAACUCUUCUCUGGCUACCAGCCGCAAGCUGGCAGUGGCUCAGGCAGGUUCUUUGAUGGCCCUGCCAUCGGACGGGAGCCCCCUCCCGGUGAAGAGAAUGACGAGGACGUAGAAGGCAUUAAGCAACAGACUAGGUUUAUCAAGCAAGACAGCGUCAACUCCACGCGCAAUGCUCUCCGCAUGGCUCGUGAGGCGGAAGAGACCGCCAGGAACACCCUCGGUCGCCUUGGAGAUCAGUCCGAAAAAAUGGCCAACACUGAGCGACACCUUGAUGUUGCCAAGGGCCACACUGUUCGCGCUGAGGACAAGAUUGACGAGCUCAAGAAGCUGAAUCGUUCCAUCUUCCGACCUGCCAUUACCUUCAACAAGGACGCAAAACGUGCUGCUCAAGAAGCAAAACUCCAGCAGCGUUACGAGGACGAGCGCAAUGAGCGGGAGAAAGCAAUGAUGGACAUCAGAGAUACCCAGAAUCGUCUCGGACGGGCUGCUACCUAUGGCGCGCAGGACGAUGAGGAAUUGCCGGGCACAUCUGGCUCUGGGCGUUUCCGCACCGAAGCACAGCUUGCUGCCCGCAAGGAACAGCGGAAGAGGUACCAAUAUGAAGCAGGUGCAUCUGAUGAUGAAAUGGAGGAUGAACUGGACGAUAACCUUGACGAGAUUUCUCGCCUGACCAAGAAUCUGAAGACCAUGGGCGUUACCAUGGGUCAAGAGUUGGACCAACAGAAUGAUAGAAUUGGCCGCAUUGAUCAGAAGACUACCAGCUUAGAUAACAAAGUGUUUACGAACACGGGCAGGCUCAACAGGAUCAAAUAGCCCCUUGGAUGCUUGGACCACAUCAUAUUCAGCAACGCAUAGCAAAUGGGAUAGACCGAAUCGAACACUCGUUAUUAGUACCAUACUCGUUGUCGUUUUACCUGAAAUUGUGCUGGACGCCUCAAUGCUUUCGUUUUUGCGAAGCAGUUGAACCUGCUUGGUCUUGUUCUUCUGGGGCAAGUUGCCGAGCUAUUUCACCGGAAUGUACUCCAGCUUAGCGUGCGUAGUAUGCUCGUGACUACAGCUACUAUAGUACUUCCUACAGUACAGUACACGAUCAUGUGAUGCGAAUUACCACAAGAACAAAGUCGCGCGUAAAUGCCGUAAUGACAAUAUUGAAUUAGUGUU